AUGAAGAUAGCUCGAGGAGCGGAGGGGAUUGUCCUCUCCCAAAGGAAGUAUGCACUAGAUCUUCUCAAAGAGACAGGGAUAUUAGGGUGCAAACCUGUAACUAUACCGAUCGACCAGAAGUUCAAGCUGGGGGCUGAGGCUAGAGAACCAGUUGAUCGUAAUAGAUACCAGAGGCUGGUGGGCAGGUUGAUCUAUUUGAGUCACACACAUUCCGAUAUCUCCUUUGCAGUAAUCGUGGUGGGCCGCUACAUGUAUGAUCCGAGGAAAGAUCAUAUAAAUGCAGUGUAUCAGAUUCUGAGGUAUUUAAAGAGUGCCCCCGGAAAAGGGCUGAUAUUCAGGAAGAAUGAACAUGUGAGCAUUAAGGGUUACUGUGACUCUGAUUGGGCUAGUUGUGCUGAUGAUAGGAGGUCCACCUUAGGAUACUGUAUCUUUAUAGGAGGCAACUUGGUCUCGUGGAAGAGCAAGAAACAGUCAGUGAUGGCUAGAUCGAUAGCUGAGGCAGAGUAUAGAGCUAUGACCUUAGGAGUUGCAGAGUUGUUGUGGCUGAAGAGUAUCCUAGUAGAGCUGAAGCUAGAUCAAAGAGCCAAAGCUGGAUCAAAGAGCCAAGAUGAAGCUAUGGUGUGA